ACUGCCUUUAAUUUAAUUAAUUGAUUCCUCCAAUAGAUUAGAUUAGCCCGCAUAAAACUUCAGCUUUAUAAACAAGCCGCUCUACCACAUUGAAUCAAUCUUCCCAAACCUUCUUCUUAUAACUAUCCGACUCCUCUCUCCAUCGAUCGAUAUCCACCUCUCUGUUUUUUGAUGGAUACCUACCCAACAUUCUAUUCUUCUUCAUCAACGCCACCUUCUGCUGCUGCUUCUUCGCUGUCAUUGAACAUGGUGAACACUCAUCCUCAUCAUGCUUACAGUAACGAUCAUCAGUACCAAGCUAGCAACAACAAGGCAAAUGGGUUCUUGGGGCUGAUGUCAGAGAUGGAGGUUUCGAACAGCAUGAGUAGUAUUACCCAGCAGAGCAUGAAAAGCUUUGGGGAGGGUGAAAGUAAUACAGCAGUAAGAUUAGGGAUGAAGAAGGGAGACAAGAAGAUCAGGAAGCCGAGAUAUGCGUUUCAGACCAGGAGCCAAGUCGAUAUACUUGACGAUGGAUACAGGUGGAGAAAGUAUGGCCAAAAAGCAGUCAAGAACAACAAGUUCCCAAGAAGCUACUAUCGGUGCACGCAUCAGGGUUGCAAUGUGAAGAAGCAAGUUCAGAGACUAACCAGGGAUGAAGGAGUUGUGGUGACUACAUAUGAAGGCAUGCAUUCUCAUCCCAUUGAGAAGUCUACCGAUAACUUCGAGCAUAUUUUGACCCAGAUGCAAAUCUACACUUCUUUCUGAUUCAUAAACAAUAUAUAGCAGUACUGUUCAGUGACAAUUACAUGCCUGCUGUGCUUUGUAAUUUGUAAAUUACUGUGUAGUUGCUAGCUAGCUAGUUUUGAACCAACAAUAAAAUGUACGUCCCUUACACAUUCUAUUUAUUAUUAAUCAGUCGUGUUGGUUUCUAGUUUAGUUAA